AUGGUAUCAGAGCUACAACGGUUAACACCUUGCGCUAGUACGCUUUCACGGCCCCCCUCCCCCCUUGCACUCACGCACGUUCCCGAGCCUCCCCCGCACGAGUUACGAUCGGCAGCCCGCUCCCUCCCCCCUCCCCUCUCCUCCCUCACUGCGGUGCAUUCCGCCGACGAGGGCGGACGCGACCACCGCGGCGAAUUCCGCCUACGAGGGCGGACGCGACCACCGCGGCGGAUUCCGCCGACGAGGGCGGACGCGACCACCGCGGCGGAUUCCGCCGACGAGGGCGGACGCGACCACCGCGGCGGAUUUCCGCUGACGGACGCGCUACCGCAGGUGACGAGGCGCAUCCGCGGACGGACGCACACCCACGGGCGACGAGGCACAUCCGCGGACGGACGCGCACCCGCGGGCGACGAGGCGCAUCCGCGGACGGACGCGCACCCGCGGGCGACGAGGCGCAUCCGCGGACGGACGCGCACCCGCGGGCGACGAGGCGCAUCCGCGGACGGACGCGCACCCGCGGGCGUCGAGGCGCAUCCGCGGACGGACGCGCACCCGCGGGCGACGAGGCGCAUCCGCGGACGGACGCGCACCCGCGGGCGUCGAGGCGCAUCCGCGGACGGACGCGCACCCGCGGGCGACGAGGCGCAUCCGCGGACGGACGCGCACCCGCGGGCGUCGAGGCGCAUCCGCGGACGGACGCGCACCCGCGGGCGACGAGGCGCAUCCGCGGACGGACGCGCACCCGCGGGCGUCGAGGCGCAUCCGCGGACGGACGCGCACCCGCGGGCGACGAGGCGCAUCCGCGGACGGACGCGCACCCGCGGGCGACGAGGCGCAUCCGCGGACGGACGCGCACCCGCGGGCGACGAGGCGCAUCCGCGGGCGGACGCGCACCCGCGAGCGACGAGGCGCAUCCGCGGACGGACGCGCACCCGCGAACGGACGCGCACCCGCGGGCCACGAGGCGCAAUCACGGGCGACACAAACGCAGCUGCGAGUAACCCGGCGCCACCAUACCCGGUGUCGUCACCCCCUCCCCUCCUCCUCCUCAUGGCGGACGACUCCACUCCCAUCGAGCUCGGAGCCAUUGACAAGCUCGAACUUCUCCAUGACACCACGGCCGUAAACUGGGCGUCGUUUGAAGAUACGCUUCACACACACCUUGGCUCCGUCAUCAUUCAAGAUUAUUGCCUUCUUGAUGUCGUCCUCGAGCACCCUAAUGGCCUCCCACCUGUACUCCCCCCUCCCCUUGAACCUCCUCCCCCUGAUGCCCCUCGUCCACCCGAGCCUCUUCCCGACCCCCCGCGUGCCCCAGUUCAUGAUGACAACCCGGAUCGCUGGGGGGCCAACCUGAACACUUACAACAGGCUUCGCGACACUUACACCCUCCAGCGUGAGGCGCACCGUGUUGCGGAAGCAGCACACGCUGAUGCUACUGCACGCCUCCUCUCCUACGCUCAACACGAAAAAGACUAUGCUGAGGAGCUUCGCAAGAUCCACAAGGAUGUUGCAGCAUGGCGCAUUGCUGAUCGUCGUGCACUCGCCAUCAUCUUCUCCUGCAUCCCCUCCCACCUCAAACGCGACCUUCGUCCCACCUCCUCCUCUGGACUCUGGAAAACCCUCUCUACUCAGUACGAUCGUCAGGACCUUCGCUCCCUCCUCGCCCUCUUCCGCAAAUUCCAAGACAUCACCCUUGACUCCUCCCCCACUGCUGCUGCCUACACCCGUCGCCUCAUUGACACUGCGCAACGCCUCAAUGACCGCGGCAUUGUCAUCUCUGAGUCCCUUCUUACUGCACGCAUCCUUGACUGCCUCCCUCCCACAUAUGACACCUACCGCAUCACCUUCACCUCUCGCUACCGUCAUCCUCCUCCUGUGGCUGACACCAUCGACAUCUCCCAUCUCACAUCCUUCAACAAGUUCAGCAUCUUCUCCCCUCCACUCCCACCACACCCACUCCUCCCCCAUCCACACCUCCGCCUCAAGCCCCUCCCCCUCACUACCCUCCACCCUAUGCUGGCUGGCCUUACUCUCCUUACCCACCUCCUGGAUAUGGUCAUGCACCUAUUGGACCUGCUACCACUCCUGCUGAACCACCAUCCUCCUCCUCCAACCCUCCUGGCUUUACUCCAUUCCCCUCUGCUGGAUUCAUAG